AUGGUCUCUUCCUCCGUCCUCGGCCUCUCGGCCCUCGUGGCCCUCGUCCAAGCCCACGGCCUCGUCGAGUCCCCCGCCGCCCGUGCCCCAGGAGAAGCCACUGCCGCCGUCUGCGGCCAAAACAUGGUCGACUUCUACAAGGCCGACGGCACGUCCUACCCCGAGGCCCUCAUGCGGAGCCCCAACUGGCAGAACGGCAUCACCGAGGACUGCGAUCUCUACCUCUGCAAGGGCUACCAGUUCGAGGACAACCUCGAGAACGUCCAAGAGUACAAGGCUGGCGACAAGGUCGACUUCAAGGUCCAGAUCCGCAUCCCCCACGUCGGAUACGCCAACGUCAGCGUUGUCGAUACCGCCAAGAACGCCGUCAUUGGCGACGCGCUCAAGGUGUGGGAGAGCGGAUACGCUGAUGGGGCCAAGUUCCCCAACCUUCCCGCAGACGAGACGAGCUUCAGCGUCACAAUUCCCGAGCUCGGCGGACAGUGUACUGAGCCUGGCGCCUGUGUACUCCAAUGGUACUGGCUCGGCCAGGGUCAGACCUAUGAGUCUUGCGUUGAUUUCGUUGUCCCCGGCGCCGCUGCUGAGGAGGAGUAA